AUUUUAUCGAUGGAGGAGCGAGUGUUUAGUCCGACCAUCGAUCGAUAUAACUUUUAUUUUCUUUCAUUUAAGUUACAUAUGCAGCUCGAUUCCAGACACGUUCAUUCGAAUUUAUGAUGUCGGUCGUCUUGCCAUGUCUAGCGUCAUUGUCCUCCUCAUCUACAAUGACCCCGCGGUGCUUUUCUCUAUAGGAUUUCGUUCUCGCAUUGAUUCGCAUAUAAACGGUUAUUUCCCAGUCUGCAGUUUAUAAAAAAAAGAUUAAUAUUUUCUUUAUGGUGACAAAAUUUGUAACUAGUAUGUAAGGACGUCGAAUUUAUUAUAAACGGUGUCCUAUGAAAAGAGGGAACGGGAUAGUGACGUAGAUCCGGUACACUCCCACCGGUUUCCUGCCCGUCGUAGUUUUUCCCCAUUCAUGUGGCUCGAGUUCGCGCGUGGCAGCUACGACUCCAUCCCCUUCUCUCUCUCCCUAUCGAUCACUUUAAAUGUUAACUUUAAUUGCUAUGUGUUUGUAGUGAUGUUAUAAUAAUGCUGAGUUGUCUCUCUUCCGGUUAUCACAACUUGAAGGAUGACGAAACCGGAUCACGGACGAAUCUUCCGAGAAGGAGCAGCACGCCGAGGACGUUUCUGAAGCCCGGUGUAUCACCGAAACCUUCCGCACCACCCCCAAGGAAAGACGAAGGAAUAUUGAGCAAAGUAGUAUUCGUCGCACAGUCCGAACGAUACGUCAAGUAUCAGAGUCAGACGGUUAAUCGGGAGAUGCCAAGGGCGAAGAUCCAUUGGACAUCGUCUACUGCGAGUGGUGACGGUAGUAGCGGUGCCACCGGUUCCGGACAGUCCGGUUACGUAACGGCCGUCCCUUCCGACUGGUCCAAAAAUGGUACUUUUAUUAAUAAACCACCUCGAGGAUGGCUUCACCCCGAUACUCAAAUCUCCGACGGAGGAAUCUGCUAUGGCGUCAGGUAUGUUGGAUGUUUAGAAGUUAAUACUUCUAUGAAAACAUUGGAUUUCGAAACAAGAUCAGUUAUAGCAAAAGAAUGUAUUAACAGAGUUUGUGAGUCAGCUGGUCUUAAAACAGUGGAUAAGAAGAGAAAGGUGGAAAAACGUGUAACACGAAUGCUGGCGGAUAAACCAAAUAUGGAUUAUGCUGGAUCAAAUAUUAAUUUAACAAUUACUAGUUCCUAUCUAAAUCUCACAGUUAUGGAGUCUGGUGAAAUUAUUGCUAACCAUGAAAUGCCAAACAUAUCAUUUGCUUCUGGUGGAGAUGCUGAUACCUUGGAUUUUAUUGCUUAUGUUGCCAAGGAUCAUCAUUAUGGUAGAGCAUGUUUUGUACUUGAAUGUGGAGGAGGUUUAGCCCAAGAUGUAAUUACAACUAUAGGGCAAGCUUUUGAAUUGAGGUUCAAAGAAUUCUUGAAGAGAACACCAAGGGCAAUCAAUGUUCCUGAUAGAUUAGAAAAUCCUGUUUUUAAUGGAAAUGAUUCUGCAUGGGGAGAAGAUCCUGAAUAUUAUAAUGAUUUACCAGGAAAAAUUCCCCCAGAAGCAUCUCCUCCUGUUCCACCUUUGCCUGAUUAUCAUAAUUCUGUUAAUGGAGAUGAGGUAAGAGAUGUAUAUACAGCUAUUAAAGAAGCAGGAACAUCAAAAUCUUCAUCACAACCUGUGCCCCAAGCUAGAACAGCUAUCAGAAGAGAUGCUGAUAAUCUCAUAGAUUUAAAUACCGAUAUUCAUAAUUCAGGAAUUCAAAAAAGACCUGAGCCAGAAUACGUUAAUACCAUGCCCCGCAUAGCCAAUCAGCAAGAUAUCAAAUCUGACACUUCAUGUGAAGACAGUAAUGCAAAGCAAGAUCCUUUUGACAUGCAACCUUUUGCCAAUAGUCUGCCCUCACCACAAGAAGUCUUGCCACCUCCACCUCCUCGUCACCGUACUCCAACAUCCACACCCAGUCCACCACCUCAUGCAUCGGGUGCAUCGUCUUCAUCUCCAUCUUUGGUCACAACCACAACAAAACUUGGAUGUCAGGCACCACUAGUUGGGAAAGGACUGAAUCAGAAAGCAGUUUUGUUGCAGGAAGAGUGGUUUCAUGGCCCCAUUAGCCGGAAAGAAAGUGAAACUCUGGUGAUUAGGGAUGGAGAUUUUCUAGUUAGAGAAUCUCAGGGUUCUCCAGGACAGUAUGUCUUGACUGGCAUGCAGAAUGGAAUUCGCAAACAUUUGUUACUUGUGGAUCCCGAAGGAGUAGUAAGAACUAAAGAUAGAACAUUUGAAAGUGUCAGUCAUCUGAUUAAUUACCAUAGUGAAAAUGGACUCCCGAUCAUUUCUGCCGAGAGUGCUCUAGUUCUUCGCAAUGCUAUUCGGAGGAAUAGACCAGCACGUUGAUCUGAAUGUCAAAUCUAGUGCAAGAAUAAAAGGAAAAGUACUUGGCCACUCUGUACAUAACAAAAAAAAAUUGCUCUCACAUCCAAAAUGGAGAUUAGAAAUAUGAUCUCGUCUUCUUCCACACCUUAGUGCUUCCAUUAAAAGUAUGAAGUUACAGAAAAUAAUAAUAAAGGAGUUCUUCGAUGUCCAGAAAAUAGACGACAAUGCCAAAAGUUAGGACGGACGUCACUUCCGCAUCACUUGCACAAUGAGUAUUUUGCCAAAUGACGGGACCGAAAGUAAGGCCGAGGCUUGACUCACCUCUGUAUUUAGGUAAUUAGAUGCAUUAGCACAAUAGAAAAAGUUGCCAAUGUAAAACAUUGUCCAAUGUAGUUUUAAUUGUCAAAUAGCGUAGAUUCUACGCGUGAGACAUAAAUUGAACGCGAGAAAUUUGGAGUGUCUCACUCGCAGUUGCACGGUUUGAGGAGCUCGUUAUUACUCUAAAUGCUAUUUUCGUAUAAAAUAAAAAGCACACUCGCUUUCUCGGAUUCCGGUUUUUUAUGACGAUUCGACAUAAAGCGAUUCAGAACUUGCAAAAUAUUGACAAUCAGGGGCUCUCUUUGAGUGAGAUGUGCUGCAAAUAAAACACAGACUGCAUUUUUAAGACAAAACAUGCAUUUUUUACACAAUAAACUAUACUCAAUUUAAAAUGCAACAUUCCACCGACACCCGCAUAAAGGAAUUACGAUGCACUGUUUCUCACCAUGCUAACAACUUGUUAUGUAUUGCACAGAAACAUUAAAAAAUUUUUUUAAUCCAUAUUUUUUUUUUUUUUUUUGUUUUUAGAAAUUUUUUUUUCUAAUGUAAAUCAUAGUAAUGUGCAUUUAGGACACUCAUUUUAAUAACAAAGUAUUUUUUGAUAAUUUGCAUUAAUCAUCUUGUUACGUACAAUUGUAUAAAUAAUAAAUUUUUUGAUAUAAUUACGUGUUAUAUUCUUUUAGUUUGUUGCCAAAUGUGCAUAACUAUGUGUUUAGAUAUUUUGGUGGAAAAUAAUCUCACACAACUGUUUGAUAGAAAAAGAUGAAAUUUCUGGUCCGUAACUAGUCAUCCAUUUUAAAGAAAAUUACAUAGUUUUGAGACCAAGAAACAUCAAAAUCAGCAAGAAAUUUUGUAGUAGAUUCUUGUAUGUGUCUGUUUUUAUUGAUUUGUAAUUUUUAUACUGCAAAGAGAUUUGAAACGUAGAACGAGAGACAAAAGAAACCUUUCUUCCUUUGAAUAAUUUUCCACGUGUGUGAGAGCCGAUGUGUGCAUUGUUGUCUAAAGAGAUUCUUAUAAUUUUUAUAGAUAUUUCUACAAUCUACCAUUUGAUGUGUUUUGUCGUUUUUUAAUUAAAAUUUUGAAAAAUAAAUUUAAAAACAGUAAACUCUAUUGUGUUGGACGUAUUAAGAUUGGAAAUUUUUUGUAGAAUGUUUUCUAAGAAAGCAUUAUACUA